AACGUUGGUUGUUCUUUCUAAACAUACCUUACAGUAGUUGCUAUAUUAGUUUGAAGCAGAGCGUUUGAAGUAUUAUGUUCAUGUACAUAGUUAAAAUUUUAGGCAGAUAAUUGUUGCUAGUGGCAUUACAUUGGAAAUAUAUGGACGAGACAAAACCAAAAUGCAACAUCAAUUCUCUGUUCGAGGCUGCUCGACUAGAAGACCGCUAUUUAAAAAUAUGCGCUCCAAUGGUAAGGUACAGCAAAUUAGAAUUCCGAAACUUGGUUCGAUCCUUUGGCACGGACUUAACUUUUACCAGCAUGAUAAUGGCUGACUCCUUUUGUCAAAGCGAAAAGGCUCGACAGAAUGAAUUCACAACAAAUAAAGUUGACUCACCGUUAAUAGUGCAAUUCGCGGCAAAAAAUUCAAUGGACUUUCUGUCUGCUACUGAAAUGGCUUUUCCGUAUGUUGACGGUGUUGAUUUAAAUUGCGGAUGUCCUCAGCGUUGGGCUAUGGUCGAGGGAUACGGAAGUGCUUUGCUUAAGACACCGGAACUCAUUGCUGAUAUAUUGGCUGUAGUGCGGAGGAAUUUCCCUAGUACAUUUAGCGUUUCAGUGAAAGUAAGAUUACUGCCAAAUUCCCUUAAGGCCACCAUUGACAUGUGUCGAAAAUUAGAAUCUUGCGGAAUAACCUUUAUUACUGUGCAUGGGAGAACACCAGUGGAAAAAACAAACGUUCCGGUAAACAAGGAGGCUCUAAAAGAAAUAAAAAAUAGUUUAUUAAUUCCUGUGGUAGCAAAUGGCGACAUCUUCAGCUUACAAAAUGCCGAUUUAAUGCACGAGUUUACUAAUUGUGAUGGCGUGAUGGCUGCGCGUGGAAUCCUCUCAAAUCCCGCGCUUUUCGCCGGAUGCGAAAAGACACCGCUUGAGUGUAUUCAAAGAUGGUUAAGUAUUGCUACUGAAGCUGACACCAACAUUACCUACCAGGCCAUGCAUCAUCAUUUAACGUUUAUGGCAGAAUCGCUGUUAACCAGGCAACAACGGAUUGUUUUUAACAAUCUCACUAAAGACAAACAACGUGUGCUGGAUUUUUUCCGGGAAGAAUUUGAUCUCAAAUCGCAGCCUUACGAUCAUCCUCCUAAACUCGGGUGCACUUAUGAUGAUACAGCUUAUCGGCAGAGGAUGGAUGCGACGAUUGCAUCCGAAGUUGUCAAUACCACGGACUAUCAGAGCGAGAGCACAGAUGGCGCAUAUUUUACCAGUAGAAUGAAUGAAUGUGGUGACCAUAAUAUAAAAGAAGAUGUGGAUUUUAUGGAUGGGAAUUUGUUUGAAGAAAAUGAAAUAUAG